GGUUGUGCCAAGAUAAGAAUCGUUAGGCCUAUAUAUGUACUGCAUGGGUACACAACAAACUGGAGGACGAUGUAACAUUUAUCUCCAUAGAGGAAAUAGGCACAGGUAUGAAAUAUUUGUGUUUGUAUAAGUUAAGUGCUAAUGUCUUAAGUCACAAUAUGGCUAAGAUAAUUGAUCUCGUGAUGUUGUCAAGUGCCACAUGGCCUAAGAGCGUGCUCGUAAUGAGUAUUCACGAUACAAUAACGUAAACUAUGACAACUGAAAAUGUUCUAGAUAAAGAUCACGUCUUCUAUAACUUUAUUAGAAAAUAAAUCAAUGAUUAUUUCUGCUUGGGUGAAUCGCCAUUUUUAUACUUUAAAAAAAAAAAUCAUAGUUAUAUUUCAUGCAAUGGAGUUCUCGCGCCAUUUUGAGCUUUUUCGCUGGUGGCGUUUGAACAUUUUUGUUUUGGGGCCAUAUUUAGACUGUAUCUCUUGAGCCGUUAGUCUGUUAUUCUGGGAUCGUUUUGAGUCUCUAGUUCUGGGUCCGUUUGGAGUCUGUACUUCUGGUGGCCAUCAUACAUUCUUUUAUUUCUGUUUAUAAUUCAUUUCUUUCAUUUAUUAAGGACCCUAGAUGUCUCUCUGGACUCAAAGCUUUUCGAUGCUAUCAUCAGAUAACAACUAAUCUAUCAAUCAUCUUUUCAUUGCUUGGAAUACUUUGAUAUCGCUCAGUUGAUACGUGCACGGAGCAUGCGCAAGUUAUUAAGGGCAGACCGAUCUGAGGGUUUAUAUUUUGAUCUUAUUCUAAAUUAUUGGCUACAAUUUCAUGUGUUUGUAAACCUAAUUGUUAGAUACUACAAAAUGUUCUUAUUUCAUGCAAAAGUUUGUCACAUUUAGUAGGUAGAAAAAUCAUUUCAUCAAAUUUAUCAAUCUUUUUGCUGUAAAUAUGUUUGUUUUAUAGAUUUUUCUACGUACAAUUAAAUUUAUUAAAAAAUAAUUGCCUGCGAAUUAAAUUAUGAUACAGUUUAAUUCAUCUCAUUAGUUGACUGGACAAUGGCUAAAAUAGACGAUAAUCGAGAUUCAUUGACUCGGCUGAGGGAUGAUUUGGACAAACCUGAACAGCUACCAUCUUAUUGGAAUAUGAGUCAUAAUAUUCCGGCACCUUUAAACCGCAGGGGAAACCCAAAGAUGUUGGUAAAUGUUGACAAGGCCACCAAGAAAGCUAUAGAAAAACUCAUAAACGCCACCUGGGAACAAGAGCUGGUGGGCAAGGGCGCUGACGCUAAAGGGCUAAACCAUAACAGGAUAAAAGUGUUAAGUGUUCAAAGGGUUGAAAACCCGGCUUUGUUUAACAGGUACCAAGAUCAAAGAAAAUUGUUAUUAGAAAAGAUGAUUCGUGGCGGAGAGCCCAGUCGUCCAAUUGGGUACAUCAAGGGGACAAAAGGCGACCUGGAGACGACAAAAGAACUGGAUGACUUCAUGAAGAGUGACCUCAUCAAGGACAUCAAUGAACACUAUUUGUUACAUGGGACCAAAGUGGAGCGAAUCCCGGCACUUGUUCGACACGGGUUAGACCCCAAACAUUCGAGUCCAGAUGCCAUGUUUGGAAAGGGGAUUUAUGCAGCGGAGAGCUCAACCAAGGCUGACCAAUAUGCAGGUAAACAUAAGAACUCACGUCUAUUUAUGUAAUGGUCCAAAAAAUAAAUAAAUAAUUGAAAUGUUAGAAAGCUAGCUUCACAAACUUUAAGUUUAAGAUAGAUAAUUGUAACAUGAUGAUAGUUGAUGUUCAUUGCAUGCUGAGCCGAAAGCACAAUUUCAUGUCAGUGUAGGAAUACAUACAUAUAAGUAUAGAGAGUGUGGAAGUAGUUGAGCUACCAUAUUUGUAAUGGAUGGGAAAGCAGCUAUGCAGAUUGUGUCUCGCGAGUUAAGAAGGGUACAAUGUGUGAGUGACCUCUCGUGUUAUUUUCUAAAGAAAAAUGGAUUUUUUUAUUAACUGUAUUCCAUUAUUAUUCCAAAAGCGAAUGAUUUUGUCCUGUGAAGUGUUCAUGCCAAUAAAGAAUUUAUUUGUGAAGACUUGCGAUCCGUGUUAAUACAUGGGCACGUGAGGAAUAAUUAUUAGUUGACCGCUAUCUGAUAUUCCCUAAGAUAUCCGCUCAGGUCAUGCCCAUUUAUACGAUAAUAACAGAAGAAGUUGCCAUGAUGUCAGAAUAGAGAAAGGUUACAAGAGCAUAAUUUAACCAGAUUAUUCUAAAUGAAUUCUACUUUCUAAUUCGUAUGGCACUUUCUCGCUUCUUUUUAUUUUUCAUUCUCUUUUUUCUUAUUCAUGCAAAUAUUUCAAUUCCAUAAAUAUUUCUUUUUAAAGAUGUGUAAAUGUAAGUUUUCUGGUAUGACUGUUACUGAUCCGUUAACAUUAAAGGUUAGUUAAAGAAAAGAUAAUACAACUAUUUUUUUCUUGUUUAUAAUAUCUUCUUUAAGAAACAUGUAAAAAUAACGUAAAAACUUUUAAAAAAUGAGUGAUUAAAGUUAGAAGAUUAUAGGAUUUACUCUUAAUCCUACAACCAUGCAUGAUUUACAGUAUCGACAGGACAUGUAUGAUUUACAGUAUCGACAGGACAUGUAUGAUUUACAGCAUCGACAGGACAUGUAUGAUUUACAGUAUCGACAGGACAUGUAUGAUUUACAGUAUCGACAGGACAUGUAUGAUUUACAGUAUCGACAGGACAUGUAUGAUUUACAGUAUCGACAGGACAUGUAUGAUUUACAGUAUCGACAGGACAUGUAUGAUUUACAGUAUCGACAGGACAUGUAUGAUUUACAGUAUCGACAGGACAUGUAUGAUUUACAGUAUCGACAGGACAUGUAUGAUUUACAGUAUCGACAGGACAUGUAUGAUUUACAGUAUCGACAGGACAUGUAUGAUUUACAGUAUCGACAGGACAUGUAUGAUUUACAGUAUCGACAGGACAUGUAUGAUUUACAGUAUCGACAGGACAUGUAUGAUUUACAGUAUCGACAGGACAUGUAUGAUUUACAGUAUCGACAGGACAUGUAUGCAUGUUUCCGAAGAGUAUUCAGCGCACCGUGAGAUUGAAAAAAAAAUAUAUGAAAAUGAAUUUAUUUAGGAGCAAAGAACGGGAAUUUAUGGAUUUGUCUCAAACUUAAAUAUUCAUAAGAUCCCAAGAGCUUCAAAACUAAAGAGAGAUAGCAAUUUAGUUUUCGGACAGGUCUUAAAGUAGAUUGGAAACAAGUUUAAAUGACUCUGGUUUACCGCAGAUUUCAAACAAACACUUUUCUCCUUUUUAAUGACUUGAACAAAAUGGAGAAUAUGUACCUUAACUUUGAAGUUUGUAUAAUACAUUAAAAAAAAUUAGGAUGUUAGAGAAUAUUGGUCUAAUAAAUUUACCAAAUAUUAGCAUGUUAUAGAAUAUUGGUCUAAUAAAUUUACCAAAUAUAAGAAUGUUAUAGAAUAUUGGUCCAAUCCAUUUACCAAGUAUUAGCAUGUUAUAGAAUAUUGGUCUAAUAAAUUUACCAAAUAUAAGAAUGUUAUAGAAUAUUGGUCCAAUCCAUUUACCAAGUAUUAGCAUGUUAGAGAAUAUUGGUCUAAUAAAUUUACCAAAUAUUAGCAUGUUAUAGAAUAUUGGUCCAAUCCAUUUACCAAGUAUUAGCAUGUUAUAGAAUAUUGGUCUAAUAAAUUUACCAAAUAUUAGCAUGUUAUAGAAUAUUGGUCUAAUAAAUUUACCAAAUAUUAGCAUGUUAUAGAAUAUUGGUCCAAUCCAUUUACCAAGUAUUAGCAUGUUAUAGAAUAUUGGUCUAAUAAAUUUACCAAAUAUAAGAAUGUUAUAGAAUAUUGGUCCAAUCCAUUUACCAAAUAUUAGCAUGUUAUAGAAUAUUGGUCAAAUCCAUUUACCAAGUAUUAGCAUGUUAUAGAAUAUUGGUCAAAUCCAUUUACCAAAUAUUAGCAUGUUAUUGAAUAUUGGUCAAAUCCAUUUACCAAGUAUUAGCAUGUUAUAGAAUAUUGGUCCAACCCAUUUACCAAGUAUUAGGAUGUUAUAGAAUAUUGGUCCAACCCAUUUACCAAGUAUUAGGAUGUUAUAGAAUAUUGGUCCAAUCCAUUAACCAAAUAUUAGCCUCUUAUAGAAUAUUGGUCCAAUCUAUUUACCAAGUAUUAGCCUGUUAUAGAAUAUUGGUCUAAUCCAUUUACCAAGUAUUAGCCUGUUAUAGAAUAUUGGUCUAAUUCAUUUACCAAGUAUUAGCAUGUUAUAGAAUAUUGGUCAAAUCCAUUUACCAAGUAUUAGCCUGUUAUAGAAUAUUGGUCUGAUUCAUUUACCAAGUAUUAGCAUGUUAUAGAAUAUUGGUCUAAUUCAUUUACCAAGUAUUAGCAUGUUAUAGAAUAUUGGUCUAAUUCAUUUACCAAGUAUUAGCAUAUUAUAGAAUAUUGGUCUAAUUCAUUUACCAAGUAUUAGCAUGUUAUAGAAUAUUGGUCUAAUUCAUUUACCAAGUAUUAGCAUGUUAUAGAAUAUUGGUCUAAUUCAUUUACCAAGUAUUAGCAUAUUAUAGAAUAUUUGUCCAAUCCAUUUACCAAAUAUUAGCCUGUUUUAGAAUAUUUGUCAAUAUUAACAAUUAAGUAUGAAAAAGAAGACCUAGUUUUUUUAUCACCUUUUACAGAUACAGAAGACAAGCGACGACCUCACAAGUACAGAAAUAAGAUGAUCUUAUCCAGAAUGCUUCUAGGAAAUGUUUUUCUCUGUAAUGAAAACCAUAAAUCAGUAGCAAACAGAUGCAAGUAUUUUUCUUCUCUAUGAAUUAUCAUCACAAUAGUAUAUAAAACUCUCAAUUAAUCAUCACAAUGGUAUAAAAAAACUUCUAUAUUAUGAAUUAUCACAACAAUAAAGAAACUUCUCUAUGAACUAUCGCAUUAGUAUGAAAACUUCUCUGUGAAUCAUCACAACUAAAAUUAAAAGAUGUAGGAUUAGGAUGCCAAAUUAAAGUACCUAAUUUGUGUUUAUUGUUCAGGGCUACCCAAAUAAAAACCCAGUAAAAUGACCACAUAAACAGACUAUAAACUAUUUUAACUGAGAGCUUUGCAUUUAGAGUAUCGGGGGCGCGUAGCCCUCUGACCAGCCUCGUAAAAUUUUGUGUUUCAGGUCCCAUGCAAUAGUUGGGCUGAAAGAGAUACAUUGAUCAGCUUAUCACCUUUCGUUCACAUUUAAUCGAUUGAGGUUCUUUUGGUAUCUGCAGGAUCGAUGGAAAUAUCAAUUUAUAAAUACAGUUAUUUUUAAUUGUGGGGGUGGGGGGAUUAUCUUGGUUUAAAAUGAAUGAUGUCCCUUUAUUUUUCCAGAUGGCCCGAAGUUGAGUGGCCCGCCGUGCAUGAAGUGUUUAGAGGACAGAUGUCGCUGUGCCCAGUCAGAGAAGUUCGAUUCCGUCAUGGGUGACCGUCAUUUACGGUUCAGGGAGUUUGUCGUAUACAAAAAGGAACAGAUUUAUCCGGAGUACGUUAUCACAUACAAGAGAUCAAUGUAAUCACAUGGACCACGACAGGAAAUCAAUGCAACCACGUGGACCACGACAAGAGAUCGAAGUAGUCAUGUGGACUACGAUACAUUGGGAGAUGUGAUGAACAAUGGGACAAAGAGACAGAGAUAUUUUGUACUUGGGAAAGUAUCAUGAACUUUUGCAAGGCUUGGAGAGUAUUUCAGUUGUCUUAAAUAUUUUCACCAUGACGGGCUGGCAGAACUUAUUGAAUUGACAGGAGACGAUGGUCCAAUUCAUUGAUCAGCAUUCUCUAUUGAAGUCCUUUAAAUGUUCAAACAGUUUUAACAGACGCACGACUCGCACAUGUCAAGAAAAUUACGGCGAUAUUCUUGAGUAUUUGUGUGACCCAAACGUUUAAGUCUUACGGAUGAAACCCUGGUCCGAGUGGAACAAAGAGCCUAAGUUGGGGAUAUGACGAUCUAGUGGCAGAGCCAACAUUCCAAACAUUGUUCGAGGGCCAACGUCAUCGACUUAAUUUUUAUUCACUUAACGUUUACGUGCGUAUGUAUAUGUUCGUACUCUUGACAGGCUUAACGUAGUUGUUGAUUCUUGUGUCAACGAAUGUUAAUUCCAAGAAAUGUUAGCAAUUCCAAGAAAUGUUCUUGUCACUGAGCCCACGCUGUCAUUGUAAGUAAUUCAUUGAAACUGAAACUGAAAUAGAGCGCUGUGUAACGAUCACCUUGAUUUUGAUACGAGUGGCCACGGACCAGUUGCGUUACUAGGGUUGGCGCCACCCAGGGCGGGCCAAUAUCUUUUGCCAGCCCCUUCUACGAUUAAGCCACAAAACCCCCGCAGUUAGUUUAAAUAGUCACAUAGAGAGUUAGUGAGCGGAGAGAGAGAGAGAGAUAGAGAAGCGGAGAGAGAAUGAGUGGGAGUGAGAUAGAUUGACAUAUAUAAUAUGUAAAAUUUUAUUCCAAAAUAAAGGAAGUGUUGUGUUUGUAAGUACCAUUUCUAAUUGCGAUAUCCUGAUACUCAAAUUCGAUUAAUUUGUAUGCUACUGUCGACCACAUGGUAUUCUUGUCCAUGAACACCAUUUUAGUAUUCUUGUCCAUGAACACCUUUUAAGUAUUCUUGUCCAUGAACACCUUUUUAGUAUUAUUGUCCAUGAACACCUUUUUAGUAUUAUUGUCCAUGAACACCAUUUUAGUAUUAUUGUCCAUGAACACCUUUUUAGUAUUCUUGUCCAUGAACACCUUUUUAGUAUUAUUGUCAAUGAACACCAUUUUAGUAUUCUUGUCCAUGAACACCUUUUUAGUAUUCUUGUCCAUGAACACCUUUUUAGUAUUCUUGUCCAUGAACACCUUUUUAGUAUUCUUGUCCAUGAACACCAUUUUAGUAUUCUUGUCCAUGAACACCUUUUUAGUAUUCUUGUCCAUGAACACCAUUUUAGUAUUCUUGUCCAUGAACACCUUUUUAGUAUUCUUGUCCAUGAACACCUUUUUAGUAUUAUUGUCCAUGAACACCAUUUUAGUAUUCUUGUCCAUGAACACCUUUUUAGUAUUCUUGUCCAUGAACACCUUUUUAGUAUUCUUUUCCAUGAACACCUGUAAUGGUCCUUUCAAUGUCAUCUUAUAAUGUAAAAAAAAAAAUGGAAAUAAAUUGAACAUGUGAUUUAUUUUAGUUUUUUAUCACUUGCAUUAUUUCAUCAAAAUGUCAGAUGAUUACAAUUUGUUUUCAAAUGAACUAUUUUUAUAGCAGUCUUUUAUAAUUCAGUCGUAAAUUAAUAUUUAAAACUGGCAUGCAUGAAGUAUGUAUUUAAUGGAUGCUCUUGCUGCUAUUCAAAAGUGUCUCUAUUUUCUAAAUAACCAUUAUUUUUAAAAACUGCUGUGUUUAUGAUCUGUUGUAUAAAAAUUACGACGUUCUCACGAGUUAAAUGAGAAGAAAUAGAC